UUCGUGCAUGAAGUCACCGGUGAUGUUCGAAGGACUCCUCCUGCGAUGGGCAGGAUACGACAGAGUCGAGGGCAACGUCGAGAGGGUUGGACCCUCUAACUGUGGACAACAUGUCUGCCCUCUUGGAUAUACUGGGGAUUGCACUGUCCUACAAAGGGACAAGACUCCACCAAGGGUUGACCAUUGCCCUGGACACAUCUGGGUCAUCACCAAGAAUGGUUCGGCGGUGGUCAACUGGGACCGGCCCAGAUUCACCGACAACAUCGGCAUUGAAAAAACCAUCGAAAAAUCGGGAUAUUUCCCUGGACAAGCCUUCGCCCUGGGGACGUACCACAUCGCGACGGUAGCGUACGACGCAGCAGGCAACUCUGCCACUUGCUCCUUCAACGUCUACGUCCUCGAGGAUUUCUGUGAGGACUUGGCCGAUCCUGUGGGGGGAACCCAGCGCUGCUCAAACUGGGGUCCUGGCGGUCGCUUCAAAGUCUGCUCGAUUGAGUGCAACCCGGGACUCAAGUUCUCUACUCAGGUUCCCGACUUCUACACAUGUGGGGCUGAGGGCUUCUGGCGCCCCACCACAGACCCCAGCAUCCCGCUGGUGUACCCCGCGUGCUCGCAGGCCUCACCGGCGCAGCGGGUCUUCAAGAUCAACAUGCAGUUCCCUUCGUCCGUCAUCUGCAACGCCGCAGGACAGAACGUUCUGUCCGAGAGAAUUAGAGUGGCUCUCAUGAAACUGAACCGCGAGUGGAAUUUAUGCACCGAAACGGACUCGUCGACGGGCAACUGCAAGGGCCUGGACGUGGGCGUCGACUGCGCACGUCGCAAUCGCAUCAACAAACGCGACGUCGUCGCUCAACGCAACGUCAGGACGAGACGACAAGCUACGUCUGCUGACGCCAGCAAGCCUGACGCCGAGGAUGCUUAUGACGUCGUAAUCACCUUCCCGGCCACCAACGACCGCGUGAAGCGAAACUCUGAGGCAGAGCACCAGUACAACGUCACUGUGUCUUUUCAGGCCAAAAAUGACCCAGUUCUGAACAGCAACACGAACGCCCAGUCGUCGGUGUUGCAGCUCAUCCAAAGCAUCAUCCUCGAGGACGACCAGUUCGACGUCCGCGACGCUCUGCCCAACGUCGUGCCUGAUCCUGCGUCUCUCAGUCUCCUCUCCGAGUACUCAUGCCCCAUCGGCAAGGUUGUGGUGGGAAGUGACUGCGUGGACUGCGCUCCAGGCACUUUCUACGAUCGAGUAACAGAAAAAUGUGAGAUGUGUGAAGCAGGAUCUUUCUCCAACGAAGUCGGUCAAGUGGCCUGCAAACCUUGCCCAGAGGUGAACGGCAGACAAGGAGUAACGAGAUCGAGAGGAUCACGAAGCUUGGAUCAGUGCCACGAGAGAUGUUCGGCCGGCAGAUAUUAUGACGAAAAGAGCGGCUUGUGUCGCCCUUGUGGCUACGGCUUCUACCAGCCUGACGAAGGAAGUUUCAUGUGCCAGAGAUGCGACCGAGGUCUUACCACCGGCACGAAGGAAGCUGUGUCUGCUGAUGAGUGUCGGGAGGAAUGCGAGUCUGGUUUGCAGCUGAGUGUUGGAGGAGGAUGCGAGGUUUGCCCAAGAGGAACCUUCCGUACCAAAGGCGUUCAUGCUGCGUGCAUACAGUGCCCGCAAGACCGAACCACCAACAACCCUGGGGCGUCGUCGCCUGAAGAGUGUGCUCUACCCAUCUGCCUUGCUGGCACCUUCUUGUCCGAGACCGACAACAUCUACAAGUGCAUUCCGUGCCCUCGGGGUACGUUCCAACCUGAAGCCAUGCAGACAUCGUGCAUAAAGUGUACGGAAAGUACCUCCACUAAAGGUACUGGGUCCACUUCGCCCGAAGAGUGCACCAACCCCUGCCAGGUGCAUGGCGAACAGGUCUUGUGUGACGCCAACGCUGACUGCCUCUACCUCGCCGAACAGGACGACUACAUCUGCGAGUGCAAAGACGGCUUCAACAAAACUGAGUCCGGAGAGUGUCUAGACACAUGCAAAGACUACUGCCUACACGACGGCGUGUGCCGCAAGACGGACCGCGGGCUGCCUUACUGCGAGUGCGUCGGCUCCUUCACGGGAAAACAAUGCCAGCACAAGAGUUUGUUCGCUUACAUCGCUGGGGGCGUGGCGGGUGCCGUGGUGUUCCUCAUCAUCCUCGUGCUGCUCGUAUGGAUGAUCUGCCUGAGGUCCACAAGGAAGCAGGAUCCUAAGAAACUCCUGCCUCCUGCCGCCACUCUGGAUCCUGCGGGAUCUCAGGAAUCCCUGUUCAGCGGCCAUGGUCUGCAUAAUCGUCGGCUACAAGAAAACCCUAAUAUUUCAAGACAAAGAUUUCCUCCAGGAUCUUUGCCUGUAUUACCGAUACAACAAAUCCCACUUCGCCACGGUAAACAUUUCCAGCGCCUGCCAAACUCCCCUCCGCUAACGCCUCCAACUCCACUAAGUCCGUUCCUCCCGCCACCGCAUAUGGCUGGAGGCUCGAAUGUUGGUGAUCCCGCAGCAAUUAGAUCCUAUCAACGAGGUCAGCGCUUCGAUUAUUUAAUAACAGCCUCAAACGAUCGAACUGGACAGAGAAGAACAAAUAACCGAGGAAGUGAAUACAGCCUUUCCGACGGACUGUGUGAUACUCAGAGCGACUUGUCCCAAACUAUCGACAACAGCUUCGACAUGAUCGAAAGCUCGUCAGAUCAAUCAACCAUUGUUGGGAAUAUCACAAGCUUUUCUAGCACGCUUGGAAGCACGGGCGAAAUUCCUCAACAAGUCGCAAAACCUCCUCGUAAAAAUGCCAAGCCUCCUCUGAGUGUGUCCCAGAAAAUGAAUAAAAAUUCCAGUCGGGGAGCCAGCGUUCCCACCCAGAUUUCUUCCCCAGACGAUGGCUCCGUUAAGUUAGUCGCUUACAACUUCGUCUCCAGCAUCACCGAGCAAAGCAAUCCACCGAACAGAGACGAACCUAAACCUGAGUCUCAACUCACAAACAAACCUUCGAGAUCAAGCAUCGAAGUAGUCGAGGCAUACGAUCUAUAGUGAAUUGAAUUGGAAGCCUAAUAAAUUUAGAUGUGAUGCUAUAUAGGGGUAUGACUUCAUGUAUGUCAUGUUUUACAAUGAAUUUUUCUGCUGCUCCAUGCCCAACGCAUACAGAAGUUUUAAAACUCGAGCUAUGUAUUUAAAUCAUACUUUUUAUAUACUCGAAUAUUAUCAAAAUGAAAUUCUAAUGCUAAAUUUUAAUUAUCCGGUCACCAAAAGAACAUAUUUUAAACCGAAGUCUCACGUUGAAAUGAGAAUUUUUAGCACUUUUAAGGCCAUAUUUAAUAAUACAAAACUGUGGCACUGAACUAAAUCUCACACCUAAUGCACAAUAUAUUUUAAAUUCCUAAAGCAGUUAAUCGCUGAAAUAAACCUUUUUUAU